AUGGACCUCGAUCAUGCUCUGUCUACCUUCAUCUUCCAUCACAUAUUCUUCCCUAUCAAACUCCCACAGGAGGCUGAACAUGACCUAGUUCAGCUGGAGAGCCGCCUGAUCGUGGCUGUGAGAGAUGUGCUGCAAGAUUUCAUUCAGAAUGUCAGCCCCGAGUCCCAGCAGCGAUGGGACCUAGCUUUGAGUAUGUUGUUUACCUGGAUGAAGUUGCAUACCGAGCAGGGAAUUUUGCAGAGUGGCUUAGAAGAAGCUCUUUCGAACCUUAAAUUUACCAGGGCUAUUGCAUGUCACAUCAGAGCCCAGAACUGCGGAUGGGUCGCCUUUUACGAUGCAGAAAAAGACAGUGUUCUCGUCGACGCAUUUGAGGUGUCAUCGGAGGAUGGAUCAAUACUGUCCUCCUCUGGUGGGCUCAUACGUCGAUUCCCCGGAGUUGGUGUAGCUAUCUCGGCAGACAAGCUGUCUGAUCCGACAUUCUGCUCCUAUUUGGCCACCGAAAUAUCUCAAUUAGCAUCCGAGGAAGUGCCUGAGAUGCUGCCGAAAAGCAAAAAAGCGGGAAUUGAAGUGGACGAAAUCCGGAACACAACCCAUCCUGGCCUGGUGACAGAAGGCUUGAUGACACAACUUCUGGCACUUGGUACACACCAUGAAGAAAAAAGGGUUUUAAAAUGUGUGCGAGACGAGGUAAACUGGAAGUCUGCUUUAUUACCAUGGAGGCGGUCUCCAGCUUGGCUCGUCAUCCGAGUCGCUCUGCAGUUGGUUCUUCGGCGAUGCUUCAAUGAAACGGAAGGGCGCCUUCAUUACAAAAACUUCAUUCUGUACUUCAUGGCAACACUGGCGGCAAGACAAAAUCCGUCCGUAGCCUCCCAUGAACUUGCGGAUUGCUAUGAAAUCAUGCGUGCUCGGAUUGGCCGGCGGAUCUACAAGCUGGAGGAUAAAGAUGAAGUCUUUUCAUUUGUUGCCAACCGUGCACACUCCGCAAGCAAGGAUCUGCUUGACAGAUUGAUGUCUAUUAAAAAGCAGAUCAAAAUAACCAACCGUGUGAGGAUUCCGCUGAUUCCAUCGUCAUCUUCGCAAGAUGAUGUUCACCAAUCACUGCUUCAUUGCAAGGAAUAUCUUCAAGCGGCGAUGCGUUCGUCGCCUAAUCAAGUAAAGCCCACAAAGUUCUGUCGAACUCACACAUCCAACUUAAAAUGGAGCAAUGACUUGCCCAUUCCGAAGAUCGGGUCGAUCAUGGCUCUCAGUGAAUUUGAGCAAUGGGUUGAUGGGCACCUACAGUCCUGGUUCAUCAAUCAACCUGCUUCGAAACAUGAAGCAGCGUGUCGUGAACUUGAAAAUACCAUUGCGCAGUACUUUUCCCUCGCAAAGUCGACGUACAUCUCCAACCCACAAGCCACGUCAGUUAUGAUUCUUGUAAUGUUGGAACUGUGGGUAGUGCUAGACAAAAUGGCUCUACGACUCUGUCCCCUGAUGAAGAGGUUCUCUCCUGGAAUCCCCGAUAACUUCCUCGAACCUCUACUACUUCCCAAGAUCGGUCAAAUGAAACGGGCGAGGGAGGUCGAGCAGUACAUAAAUGUGCGGCAUAAGGAAUCGGACAAAACCAACCCUAGCAUCUUCUGUGACCCAGCACCAAAUUGCUUUGGUGUUCAAUUUUUCAACAGCUCCGAGGAACACCAAAUGCUCGAAUGCAGAAUUGAGCAGUCUGCCAAUGCAAUUAGAGCAGCAAAGCAAGCGGAAUGGGAGAGAUUAAGUGCUCAAUACGAACGCCUACACGAACAAGAGCAACAAAUGUCGCAUUAUUAUGAUUACAAUGGCGAUGAUGAAUACGUUCACCUUCCGCGGGAUUGCCCAAGGUGUUCACUGAACAAACAAAUCGAAUCUAUCUCCAUUCGGGUUCAUGAAUGGCCACUUCCAACAGAAGAUAUUGCACGAAAAACCGCUGUAUUCGAGCUCAGUAUUCCCAUUUGGUUUGCAUCAUGGCGCAACAGUACCUGGAGAGUUCUCCACGAGCUUGGACGAACACUUACAGUGACUACUACCGAUAUGGAAGUCAGAUGGCUUGAAUAUACAGAGAUCCAAACAUUCGUCACGAGACGCGAGUCGAACAUUGUUCUGGCCUCAUAUACAAAAUCAUGGCGGAAGUCUCACUACAGAUCGCACAGAUUCCCUGUUUCCUUCGAUUCUGUUUGCAUCCCAAAUGCGCUUCGCCUGCGACUUUUCGACAACACAAGAAUUGCCUGGGUGACAAUUCAGACCAAUAAACCGAGCGUCAAGAGCAUGUGCACCAUACAACUCCCACUCGGAGUGUACUCAAAUCUGCAAUACACCCUCAAUUCCACUUCACACUCCCAGAACCAGGUCAUAGCGACCCAGAAAGACUGCGAUAAAAAGCUCAGCUUGCUAGAAUUUGAGGCUUACGGAUGUCUUCGCUCUGGGGAAAAUCUUCAAUGGGGCAAUAUUUUGAGGAAUCUGGCAUCAUCGGCAUUAUCACUGAAUGAGGAGGCUGUUGUCUCCCUUUUCAAACAAGCCGCUUGGGAACUGGGGCCACUAUCCGGAAGAUUAGGCUCAAUCAGAAGAGCUGCACAUGAAGCCUUUGAGGAUAUAGGCUUUGGUGACUGUCUGCUGCACCUGUUGCGAGAGAGAUUGGUGACGAUUGAAAAUAACUGGAACGAAUAUUGCACCUUCGAUCUUAUUGUCACACUUGGUGUUCGUAUUCUUGCUUUAAAAAGUGGAUCACCGUCGGUUGAGAAGGUCGUUGAAUUCCUACGACAAUGUCGGGAGGUGGGGAUGGAUUGGUGCGAUCAGUUGAAUCAAAGUUUUCUGAAUAAAGAAGAGAACGACGAUCAAAGACAACAACAGCUGCUACUUCUGAUUGCAUCUACUUGCCAAGCCACGUAUGAUGUUGAUCCUAUGUUUUUGGACAUGGUUAUCGAAACGCCCCGAGACCUCUUUUGCUUCGUCCGAUGCUCCAUUUUACUGUUCGAGAACUCACCUCCAGAAACAGACGGUCUGUCGCCCAAGAUAAAGCUUAGCGUGGAGAAUUCAGAAAGGAUCCGGUCACUAUCAAGAUCACGGAUAAUAUGGAUGAUUAUGAACUGCGCGUCUGGAUUGAAUGAAGCAAUUCAAAGUGGCAUGAACUGUCUUGAAGUUUCCGGGCUUUGGAAAACUUGCUCGGAUACCUGGGUAACUACGGAAACAAGCAACAGUGCGCAAGGCUUCGGGCAACGACUCCACUUCAAUUAUCUCACAGGUGAACUUCUUGUGGAUGGAAAUCCUCCAGGGAGGUUGCCAGCUCGCUUUGCGAAUAAUACUCUCUACCAACGCCUCUUCGGAACGAGAGUUAUCCCGGUGAUGCCAUCGAGUUUGCCCGGAGCAUCGUUUGUCUUGUCACACACCGUUGAGAAUUUUGAAGUUCACUUCGGGAUGCAGAGUGGGAAGCUUUUGAUCAAAACCCGCAAGGGGUCUCAGGUCUUGCAGCUUAUACCACACGAGGUCCUCGAGAGGGACUUCCCUAGAGUAUUAAUCUCCGAGAACUUUCAUUGGCUGGAUUUGGAGACUGGGGCUGUUGAAUUCCGUCCACUGAACCAGCCAUGGAAACCUUCUGACCGCAAUUGGCAUUUGUUCUUUGAUCCUAAUUCGCCGGGCAACAUGCUCAUGCAACAAGAUUCCAAGACCCUAGUCGAUGUGCAGAGCCCGCCUUUCCAAAAAAUUAAUCACAUAUUGAAAGUCCUUGAUGCAAGUGAUGAGAUUGUUGUCAUUCGGACGGCUGUUGGAACACUGGAGGCAGAACUAAGCCGUUUACGGUUGAAAUUCUUCGUCAAUGAUAAUGGACGUGUAACGUCAAAGGAGUUCGGCGCCCUGAUUGAUGUGGACCAAGACAUCGGCUGUUUCUAUGGGCUGAAGAACAAACUGGUCCUCGUUGAUUCCUCCAAUAAUCGAUCGGUCAUUAUUCCUUACGGAAACCCGAUGAUUAGUAGAGAAGAUCAUCAUGUUGCAGUCACAAUCGAUCUACCAACCGGAAAUCGCGCGAAGUACAUGCAUUAUUUCUUGGACAGUCAUCUACAAGUUCUGCGAGGAUUUCACCCUCUGGCUAUCUUGUACCAGGCGUACUUGCACGCAAUCACGUCUUUCCCUGUCCCUGAUAACUUGACUCAUCGCUCAGGUACCGAAGAGGCUAUCCGUAUUCUACGUCAGGAGUGUUUAAAAUCAGCAUUCCCUCUUCAAAAUGAUGCUACCGAGACCCUGGAAAGGAUUGCAGCACUUACGCCGUGCCGCAGAUUUUAUCCUCAGCACCUUCGUGUCAUGCAAACUAUCGUAUGGUCUAGUAACUUAGGUCAACUUGCCCAACACGAUGACUUCCAGUCCUUGUCGCAAGAGAUUCUUCAGUUCUCUGAGCAGUUUUCACAUUUCCAUGGUGCCAAAAAGAAGGAAAACUGCCUCUUAUACCCGGGGAGUAUUGAUUUGUUAAAGCGUAACCGUUGCCGCGCCGAGCAGAUCAUGAGGUCGCAAUUCAGCGAAUCCCCCACUCCAUCAAGGAAGAUAAAUUACAACUCCCGCGAUUGUAACAUCACAAGUGCUCGCAGUCAGAAUGUGUAUAGAAUCGCAGCUCUGAUUCGAGAUUGGCCUACGACAGUUGGUCAUUCAUCACAUCUACUGGCAACCAUGAGGCAAUUCAAAAACCUAGCAACGCUCUCAGCUGAUUUUACCCGUUACUCUUGCUCUCAAAUGCUAAAUCAGUCGAUGGAGAGUGCCUGGGUGGGUUUAUACCACGCCUGCCAGACAAGUUCUAGGGCUACGCACACCUACUUCUUGAUUUCCUUGUUUUCUAUCCUUGCGUUUGGUGGGAAGAUUGACCAGUCGGUCCUCCGUCAAUUACUUCAGGUUGCUUUCUCGGAGAAAUGCAAAUAUAUUCCAGUGCCACUCAACUCGACGACGGUACUGAAUCUCAGCCUUGGGGGGGACUUUGUUCUUUCUCAAAUUCAAUACGCAAUCAAUACUUCCUACACAACCUUCACUAAGGUAUACAAUUCACACCUCUCACGUGCAGAACAAGCCAAAAUCAACCAAGAAGCCAAAGCCAACUGGUGCAAACAAAGGGCCGAGGAUGUACGGUUGUGUGGGGACUAUAUACGAGCUCAGUGGCCGUCCAAAACUCCUGUACUUCCAUCUCAUGCUCUGGUUCCACUGGUUCGUAGAAAGCCGGCACAUGAAAUGAUACACAUGCUUUGUGGCGAUUGGGUCCAAAACCGGAAUUUCCUUGACUUCCUGCGCCGGGUACAGAAGGAAGCGCCGCCCUCCGACCCUUGGUAUCACGAUGUGGAUCCUGUUCCCACCUCCCCUGUCCACUUUCAGGAGAUUGAAUACAGUUCAUUUCAGCCACCCUGUGGCUUUGAUCUAAUGCAUAGGUCUCAUCCAGACCCCCCUCAGACUCCGUUUGCUCCGAUGACCUAUCGCGGGGUUUCUUCGAUCCUGCAAUCAACACCUGAGCUCUGGUCCCUAGCAAAGCAUUUCCAAGCGAGCUCUAACCAAUGUCAACAAGAGUAUGGAAACGGGCUAAGUCAAAGUGUCCAAGCGUUAGAGGACUUCUCAACUUCAGAAUCUACGCCUGGUGAAUCUGACCUUGCUGCCUCUUUUGACUGGGUGACAAACGGAGAUGCGGUACUUCGACAUCAAGAAGAGCUUGAAAGACAGAGAGAUACAUUGUGGGAUGAAAUUGUCGCGAAUUUAAGGACGAGUGCAAAUACAAUUUGGCCAGAUACUGACACCGUCAGCCCUUCUGUCACCGUGUGGUCAGUUCUGUCUAUUCUGGCCUCUGAUAAGUGGACCAGCAUUCCCAUCCAGUGGAAGGUGUUACUUGUGGCAUUUGGAAAGUCCAUCUCUGCCUUGCGUCGUUGCGAGAGACUGAUUGCCUGUACCGAAAAUCGGGAUAUCGAUGGAUUUCUCAAAGAGGCAGAAAACCCGGGCUAUGAGGGGUGGGACCCUUUGAACUACCCGACUUGGCUGCUGUUGGAAAUUGAAAAUAACAUUACUAUCCGGAAGCGCCAAGUUGAAGUUGCAGCUCGGAUGAUUAAACCGGACUGUGGUGAAAACGCAGUGCUUCAGCUUAACAUGGGCGAAGGCAAGACUUCCGUCAUUACACCCAUGGUGGCUGCAGUGUUGGCCAACGGCCAUGAUCUUCUCAGAAUAAUUGUCUUGAAACCUCUCUUAAGGCAGAGUGACGCGCUUCUUUCUCAGCGGCUCGGGGGUCUGAUCAAUCGACGCAUCUACCACAUUCCAUUUUCGCGACAAACGGAACUUUCUUCUCCCAUUGUUAGCCAGCUCCAGUCCUUAUAUGAGCAGUGUUUCCGCCAGAGGGGUAUUCUGAUUGCCCUCCCCGAGCAGAUGCUCUCAUUCAGACUCAUAGGAUUAGAUGCUGUGGAGAGAAACCCCAAUAUCUUCUCGCCACUGAUACGUCUUGAGAAUUGGCUGCAAAGCAAGUGCCGGGAUGUCAUUGACGAAAGUGACGAAGUCCUGGAUGUCAAGUUCCAAUUGAUUUAUACUAUGGGAACGCAGCAAUCUCUCGAUGGGCUCAGUUGUCGCUGGGAGACGACUCAGAAUUUGCUUCGCCUGGUCUCCAUACAGGCAAAGCGUCUUUGUCAGGAUGAUCCAACAUGCAUCGAGGUUGAUCAGCUAGGUUACCGGUUUCCUAUUUUGCGAUUUCUGAAAGUCGAUGCGAUCGAACGACUGAUCGGUUACACACUCAAGUCGAUCUCCGAAAAUGGAAUCCCCGGGUUACCAUUUACCCAAUGGAAUUCACGGGUCAAGAGCAGCGUGAUGCGAUUCAUUGAACAUUCUGAACUUGCCAAGGACGACGAAUCUUUCAUCCGGGAAGAAUUUGACGGGAGUGUCUUUAUGACCAAUCUUCUCGUUUUACGCGGACUCUUUGCUUAUCGCAUCCUGCGGUUCUCGCUUGCUGAUAAACGUUGGCUAGUGGAAUAUGGCCUCCACCCUUCCCGGUGUUUAAUGGCGGUGCCAUACCGUGCGAAGGGUAUCCCAUCCGAGAAUUCAGAAUUUGGACACCCUGAUGUGGCAGUGACUCUCACCUGUCUGAGUUACUACUACGAUGGACUGAGGAAAGAGCAACUGAGGGACUGCUUCGUGCUCUUGGCCAAAGAAAAUGACCCUUCAACUGAGUUCCAUAACUGGGUCACGCAGUGUGUGGAUGAUUUACCAGCCGGUUUACGGACAUACUCAGGCGUGAACCUCGAGGACGAUAAGACCUUCACCCAGACUCUGUUCCCCAUUCUCCGCUAUCAGAAAGAGAUAGUUGACUUCUACCUAUCUCGGUUCGUUUUCUCUAGAGAAGCAAAGGAAUUCCCUCGGAAGCUCUCGUCAUCCGCGUGGGAUAUUCCUGCACGGCGUGGCCUUCAACUGACGACAGGCUUCAGCGGUACGAACGAUAACCGGUUUCUGCUACCUUUGUCAAUCCGUCAAAGGGAUCUUGGAGAACUUCUUCACACCAAUGCAAUGGUACUAGGCUUAUUGCUGCGAGAGGACAACAGGCAAUGUAUCCUGGCGCAGGAUGAGGAGGGCCGCCAGCUAGAUGUUGAUCGGCUCCUGAGGCUUGUAGUCAGCACCGGUGAAGGCUCACCCACGGCCAAGCCUGUACGAGUUUUGAUUGAUGUUGGUGCCCAAAUUUUGGAGGCCGGGAAUCAGUCAGUCGCCCAAAAAUGGCUUGCCAUGACCCCGGAGGGAGAUGUUGAGGCGGCAAUAUUCUUCGACCAAAGUGAUGAGACUAUGGUGAUUGACCGGGAGGGGCAUGUUGAGACUCUCUUCUCGUCUUCGUUCCGACAACGAAUGGGGGCUUGCUUGGUAUUCCUUGAUCAACACCACUCGCGCGGUGUCGAUUUGAAGUUACCACUUGCGACGCGUGCCGCAGUCACUCUAGGGCCGAGACUAACGAAAGAUAGGCUUGUUCAGGCCUGCAACCGACUUCGUGGCCUUGAAAAAUGCCAAUCCCUUCUAUUUCUGGUUCCUCCAGAGGUCAGCCACAAUAUGAGGUCUAUAUUGGGGAUAUCAUCCGAUAGAGUUUUCACUUCAGCAGACGUACUAAAGUGGUCUAUGGCUCAGACAUGCCAGGCCCUGGACAAUGUACGCCCGCUUUGGGCAAACCAGGGACUUCAGUACCACAAGAAGAUCAUUCUUUGGGAUUUAAUAGUGGGACAAAGUGACCCCUCCACGAAGUCUAAAACCGCUAGUUCUAUACAGGAGCCUGAAGCCCGGACACUCUCCCAGCUCUACGCACCUUGGGACGAGGAUAGGCGGGGUAGGAACGGCCACAAGAUGCCUGAAUGGAAUGUCAACAAUGAGCAAGUUCAGGAGUUGUUGAAAACUUUGCAGUCAACUUCAGGUCAUAUCGCGACUUCUGCUUACCUUCAUGAGGAACAAGAGAGAGAAAUUGCAUGCGAGGUGGAGCGAGAAGAACAGAUUUCACGGCCCCCAUCAUACGAGCCUGAAGACCACAACCUCCACGACGAUAUCCGGUAUUUCGCUAAUUUCGGCAAGUUCCGUGAUAAGAAACCAUCCAAGGCUGUUACAUUGGCUUUCCAAGGUCUGGAAAAUACAUCUGCUGGGAAGGAGAACCAUCCACAUCUGCUUGGGCCUAGAUUGUAUUCCACUGUGGACUUCAACCAAACCGUGAAAAUUUCCAAGAAUAAUGUCAUGGAUGAUUUCAGCAAGCAGGUGAAUUGGAUUUUAUCCAGUGUCCACAGCGAUGUUCUGAUUAUCGUGAGUCAGUACGAAGCUAAUGAGCUCAUCAAUAUCGUUCGCAAAUCAGAGAAUGUCAGACUUAACAUCUACGCCCCGCGGCUAACGAAGCCCAUGCGGUCGUUCCGCCACCUUGACUUCUUUGGCGUUGGCGCAAACAUUCCAAUGCAGCCUGACGACGCAAUGACACGGUGUCUGGAGAUGUUCUCUGGGAGCCUUUACUUCGGCUCAUUCGAAGAUUACAACAAUUUCCGUUCCUUCUUGGGGCUUCUUACGGAUAACCUUGGUGGAAUUCCAGACGAUGCCAUGACCAAUGAGGGAUUCGUCAAAUACAUUUCCCGCAGGCAACUUCAAUGGCCUAUCGACUCACCCUUUGUUGAAAAUCCGCUUCCGUUCCUCGGUGCCCUGAUUCAUAUUCGAACCAAAGGAAUGGGAUACCAACAAUCUCAUGUCGGCACACUCGUCAAAGCCAUGCCAUUGAGUGCUGAACGAUUUUGA